CGGGUGCGUGUCGUGGUCCUGGGGUGCAGCUGGCCUGGAAGGUCCCAUGUCUUGCUCCGACCUGAGUCCCCGUCCCGGGCCCCUCCCCAAGCCCCUCUCCCCGCAGGAGGCCCGGCCCUGGUGGUGCUGCUGGUCUCCUGGGCAGCGCUGGGUCCCCACGGCCUGGAGGGAGUGGAACCCACGGCGCCAGCAGACCCUGAGGGCCUGCAGUGCCCAGCUGUCUGCUCCUGUGGCCACGACGACUACACGGACGAGCUCAGCGUCUUCUGCAGCUCCCGGAACCUCACGCGGCUGCCAGGGGGCCUCCCGCUCGGCACCAGGGCGCUCUGGCUGGACGGGAACAACUUCUCCUCCAUCCCUGCGGCCGCCUUCCGGAACCUCUCGGGCCUGGGCUUCCUCAACCUGCAGGGCAGCGGGCUGGCCAGCCUGGAGCCGCAGGCGCUGCUGGGCCUGCGCAGCCUGUGCCACCUGCACCUGGAGCGCAACCGGCUGCGCGCGCUGGCGGCCCACACCUUCCUGCACACGCCCGGCCUGGCCUCGCUCGGCCUCAGCAACAACCUGCUCAGCCGCCUGGAUGAGGGCCUCUUCCAGGGCCUGGCACACCUCUGGGACCUCAACCUGGGCUGGAACAGCCUGGCUGUGCUGCCCGACACCGCGUUCCAGGGCCUGGCCGGCCUGCGGGAGCUGGUGCUGGCGGGUAACAAGCUGGCCUACCUGCAGCCUGCGCUUUUCUGCGGCCUGGGCGAGCUGCGAGAGCUGGACCUGAGCCGGAACGCCCUGCGCAGCGUCAAGGCCAAUGUCUUUGUCAAGCUGCCCAAGCUCCAGAAACUCUACCUGGACCACAACCUCGUGGCUGCCGUGGCCCCGAAUGCCUUCCUGGGCAUGAAGGCGCUGCGCUGGCUGGACCUGUCCCACAACCGCGUGGGCGGCCUCCUGGAGGACAGCUUCCCGGGGCUGCUGGGCCUGCACGUCCUGCGCCUCUCGCACAAUGCGCUCGCCGGCCUGCGGCCCCGCACCUUCAAGGACCUGCACUUCCUGGAAGAGCUGCAGCUCGGCCACAACCGCCUGCGGCAGCUGCCUGAGGAAGCCUUUGCGGGCCUGGGCCAGCUGGAGGUGCUGGCGCUCAACAACAACCAGCUGCAGGAGCUCAGGCCCGGAGGCUUCCUGGGCCUGCUCAACCUGGCCGUGCUCAACCUCUCCAGCAACUGUCUGCGCGACCUCCCAGAGCGGGCCUUCCAGGGCCUGGCCAAGCUGCACAGCCUGCACCUGGAGGGCGGCUGCCUGGCCCACCUGGGCCCGCUCGCCUUCGCGGGCCUCUCGGGGCUGCGCCGGCUCUUCCUCAAAGGCAACAGCAUCACAGACGUGGACGAGCGCAGCCUGGGGGGCCUGGUCGAGCUGCUUGAGCUGGACCUGACCGCCAACCAGCUCACGCACCUGCCCGGCCGGCUCUUCCAGGACCUCGGCCGCCUGGAGUACCUCCUCCUCGCCCGCAACCGGCUGUCGGCGCUGCCAGCAGAUGCCCUGGGGCCCCUGCAGCGCACCUUCUGGCUGGACGUCUCGCACAACCGCCUGGAGGCGCUGCCCGCGGCCAUGCUCGCGCCGCUCAGCCGCCUGCGCUUCCUCAGCCUCCGAAACAACUCGCUGAGGACCUUUGCGCCACAGCCCCCGGGCCUGGAGCGCCUGUGGCUCGAGGGCAACCCCUGGGACUGCGGUUGCGCGCUGGGUGCCCUGCGGGCCUUCGCCCUGCAGCAGCCAGCCUCCGUGCCCCGCUUCGUGCAGGCCCUGGCAGAGGGCGAUGACGACCGCCAGCCGCCCUUGCUGGCCUACAACAACAUCACCUGCGCCAGCCCGCCCAGCCUGGCGGGCCUCGACUUGCGUGACGUUGACGAGGCCCACUUUGCCCACUGCUGACCCAAGGCUGCCCCGGCGUCGAUGGGCCCUCGCGACUCCGGGGGGGACACAGUUCAGGACCUGCGGGCCCCAGCCUGCUCCCUGAGGGCCUGUUCAUGAGGGUCGGGGACAUGGCCUCCCCAGCUGUCAUCAAUUAAAGCAACCAAAUAAACGGGGCCGCGUGU